CGGGGCUCCAACAAUAGCAUCACCUUAGCAUCCUCAAACUCCCUACUCCUCCCUCUCCAAUUCACGUCUUCAGCAUGGCGACGACUACGAGCAACCUCGGCAUGCACAACCUCACGACGCUGAUUAAGCGACUCGAGGCUGCGACAUCCCGUCUAGAAGACAUUGCUACCUCGUCGGCCUCGUUUGACCAGCCCAGGCACACGGUCGCCGAUGUUGGAGCCACUCAUCUGCCCGGCUCUUCCAGCGCCCCCGAGCUCCCUGGUAUCGCAAGAGAUGCCUCUGAAGCUGCCCCUCCACCACCACCACCCGCCGCCCCGACCUCAACUCUCCCUAAGCCUGUCCAGGAGAUGGACAAGCUGAUGGACGAGCAUGUCGCCAACUUUGUAUCGUCUGCCUCGGGUCUGGACAAGAACAUUGAGAGCCAGGCCCACGCCGUCUCUCGUGCCUUUGCUGCUCAGCGCCAAUACCUCGUCGUAGCCAACAAGGCAAAGAAGCCUGACAUGACUUCGCCCGCCUUCUCGGAGCUCAUCAAGCAUCUGCAGCAAGAGAUGGGCACUGUCAACGACAUCAAGGACUCGAACCGCGCCUCGCCCUUCAAGGAUCAACUCAACAUGGUCGCCGAAGGCAUGGGUGGCCUACAGUGGGUCGUCUUCGAGGGCAAGCCUGCCGACUACGUUGGCGAGAUCCUGGGUGGUGUACAGCUGUUCGGCAACAGAGUGCUCAAGGAAUACAAGGAGAAGGAUCCUAAACACGUCGCAUACGUUCAGUCAUACUACGCCAUCUGGAAGAAUCUCCAGGCCUACAUCCGCGCCCACUACCCCGCUGGUGUCACUUGGAAUCCUCAAGGCAUGGACCUCGCAAAGGCCCUCAAGGACGCUCCAACCGAUUCUGCUCCGCCCUCACAAUCUGCUCCCGCUCCACCUGGUGGUGCAGGAGGUCCUCCUCCACCUCCACCUCCGCCGCCACUUCCCACUUUCGACAACGCUCCCCCUCCUCCACCACCGGGUCCAGCCCCCGCUGCUAAGUCUGCUGGUGGUGAUAUGGGUGCUGUUUUCGAUCAGCUCAACCGAGGCGAAUCCGUCACCUCUGGCCUGAGGAAGGUUGACAAGAGUGAGAUGACACACAAAAACCCUUCAUUGCGUGCUGGCUCUACCGUCACCGACCGGAAAGAAAGUCAAGACGGCAUCACACGCAGCCGUAGUAGGGGUCCUGAGCUCAAGCCCAAGCCCGACAGCAUUCGUGGAAAGGGCAUUGCUCAGCCUACACCCAAGAAGGACCCCAAGAAGGAGCUCGAUGGCAACAAGUGGAUCAUCGAGAACUUCGAGGACGCUGACGCUCCUAUCGAAAUUGACGUUUCCGUCACUCAAUCUAUUCUCAUCACAAAGUGCAAGAACGCUACCAUUCGCCUUGUUGGCAAGGCCAACGCCAUCAGUAUCGACAACUGCAUACGCACCAAUCUCGUCAUUGACGACCUCAUCUCGUCAGUGGAUGUCAUCAAGUGCCCCAACUUUGGUCUGCAGGUUCUUGGUAGCCUUCCUACCGUCAUGCUCGAUCAGGUCGACGGUGCCUCUAUCUACCUCUCAAAGGACAGUCUGAAUACUGAGAUCUACACAUCCAAGUGCGCCAGUAUCAACGUCAAUCUACCCCCUCAAACUGAGCAGGACGAUUACAAGGAGUGCCCCCUUCCUGAACAAUUCCGUACCUUCAUCAAGGACGGUAAGCUUGUGAGCGAGAUUGUUGAGCACGCCGGCUAGAUGCAUCAUACACUUGUUUGAGCAGAGGCAGAGACUUGGGAUAUUUUGUAGGAUAGAUAGCGCUGCCUUCUUGGCAGGAUUGACAGCAAGCGCAGAUCUUGGAGCAUGUCCUAUCUCAUUAAUCACUUGGUCGCGUGUUAUUGUAUAGUUUGGUUAAACGACUUGUCUCCAUUUAUGAAUGGCCGCUGUAGUGAGGCCUUACCCGGUAUGCACGCCUGGAUGUAAGGGAAGCGAGUGAGAGCAAGUUUCACUGCAGCCAAUGUCAUACCGUUGGUUCAAAGUCUCUAUCCAGAUUGUCUCUAGGAGCAACAAGUGGUGUGGCCUCUUCAUGCAAGAUCGAAAAAGA